UCGAUAUAUCGAAAUUUGUUUGCUUUUUGCUUUCAAGAAUUCUGGCGCAAUUUAUUAAUGUUUAUUUUUUAUCUUUAAUUUAUUGGUUUCUUUUAUUGAUAUUAGUGUAAUUAACAGUGUAAUUCUUGAAAUGUCUUCUACUGGACGUGGCGCUUUAAUUGUUAUAGAGGGUAUUGAUCGGGUCGGUAAGUCAACUCUUUGUGAACGAUUACGUUCUACAUUAGCCUCUAAUAACAAAAACAUUGAAUUGAUGCGAUUUCCAUUUCGUGGGACAAAAAUUGGUAAAUGUAUUGAUGAUUAUUUAUCUGGUACAAGCAAACAAUGUGACGAAGUAAUACAUUUACUUUUCUCUGCAAAUCGAUGGGAAAUGAAUGGAAUAAUGAAACAAAAAAUACUUUCCGGAAUUACUUUGAUUGUUGAUAGAUAUGCUUAUUCUGGUGUUGCAUACUCAGCAGCUAAAAUGACUUUAUCACUUGAUUGGUGUAAAGCUCCAGACAGAGGUUUAAUUAAACCAGAUUUGACCGUUUAUUUAACCGCUGAUCCAGAAGUGUUAGUCUCACGUCCAGGUUUCGGUGACGAGAUUUAUGAAAAGCAAGAAUUUCAAAACAAAGUUGCGUCCAUGUAUGAUCAUUUGAAAGAGGAUGAUUGGAAAAUUGUUGCUGCCAAUGGAAGUCCAGAGGAUGUAUUGCAAAACGUAUUAUCGGAUGUUGAAGAAACAAUUGAAAAAGUUAAACAGAAAGAAAUUUCAAGCCUUUGGAUUAAUUAAUGUACUUUAUUUUUUUGUAGUCAAAAAUAAUAAAUACACAAGUUCUCAAAAUAAAAUAUGAGUGAAUGAA